AAUUUCUGAUCUUUGUGGAGAACAAAUUGUUCAAUCUUUUUGAUUGAUGUGAGACAAAUGGGUUGUUUACAUUCCAAAACAGCUAAUCUACCUUCUUCUGAUGAUCCAUCAGCUCCAAACAAACCAGAAUCAGUAAAUGGGGACCAAGUGGAUCAAGAAAUCCAAAAUUUCAAAGAAUUUGAACUAAAUGAGUUGAGGAAAGCAACAAAUGGGUUUAGUCCUAGCUGCAUUGUCUCUGAAGGUGGAGAGAAAGCUCCUAAUGUGGUUUACAGAGGGAAGCUUGAAGGGAAUCAUCUUGUAGCUAUCAAGCGAUUCUCUAGGCAAUCUUGGCCUGAUGCUCAACAGUUUGUGGUGGAAGCAACUGGUGUUGGGAAGCUUAGAAACAAGAGAAUAGUCAGUUUGAUUGGUUGUUGCGCUGAGGGAGAUGAGAGAUUGUUGGUAGCAGAGUAUAUGCCAAAUGAUACUCUCUCAAAGCAUCUCUUUCACUGGGAAAAGCAGCCACUUCCAUGGGAUAUGCGUGUUCGAAUUGCAGACUUUAUUGCACAAGCACUUGAUUACUGCAAUAUCGAGAACCGAAAAAUCUAUCAUGACCUAAAUGCAUACAGAAUCCUCUUCGACGAGGAAGGUGAUCCUCGUCUAUCUACUUUUGGUCUUAUGAAGAAUAGUAGAGAUGGAAAAAGCUACAGUACCAACUUAGCUUAUACUCCACCUGAGUUUUUACGGACAGGUAGAGUCAUUCCUGAAAGUGUGAUCUUCAGUUAUGGAACUAUUCUUUUAGAUCUUUUAAGCGGCAAACACAUUCCACCUAGCCAUGCUCUUGAUAUCAUAAGAGGGAAAAAUGCAUUGCUUCUUAUGGAUUCAUCUCUUGAAGGGCAAUAUGCGAAUGAAGAUGCGACUAAAUUAGUUGAGCUUGCUUCAAAAUGCCUUCAAUCAGAGGCAAAGGAUCGACCAGAUACCAAAUUUCUUCUCUCUGCAGUAGCACCACUACAAAAGCAAGAAGAGGUUGCUUCUCAUGUCUUAAUGGGCUUACCAAAGAACACAGUAAUAUUACCAACUAUGCUUUCUCCUCUUGGAAAGGCCUGUGCAAAGAUGGACCUUGCGACAUUUCACGACAUUUUGCUUAAAACCGGUUACAGAGAUGAGGAAGGUGCAGAAAAUGAGCUUUCAUUUCAAGAAUGGACACAACAAGUGCAGGAGAUGCUUAACACAAAAAAGUUCGGGGACAUUGCGUUCCGAGACAAGGAUUUCAAGAACUCAAUUGAAUACUACUCAAAGUUGGUGGGGAUGAUGCCGGUUCCUUCUGCAACAGUUUUCGCUAGAAGGGCUUUCUCCUACUUAAUGACAGACCAACAGGAGCUUGCACUGAGAGAUGCAAUGCAGGCACAGGUGUGCAUACCGGAAUGGCCAACAGCUUUUUACUUGCAGGCUUUAGCGCUCUCAAAGCUCGGAAUGGAGACGGAUGCUCAAGAUAUGCUCAAUGAUGGCGCAGCAUAUGAUGCUAAGCGACAGAAUAGCUGGCGCUGCUAAGCUAUAAGAGGAAGUCCCAAAUAUUUAUGGGUCUUUUCAGACUGUAACUGAAAGGUGUGUAUGCAUGUAAGAGAGAGAUUGAAUGUGUUGUUUACUUUUGUGAAAUGAGAGCUUUUUUUGCAUGAAUCUUUAUGAAAAGUCAAAUCUUUUUGGGAAAGAGAGAAUAAGACUGCAAAUAACUAAUUUGAUUCCUUCUUCCUUAUGGUAAUACAAAAAGAUUGAAAAU